AUGCCCUCCCACAAGCAACUAGUGGCCUCUGGCUUCACCCUGGCCCUGCUCCUCACGUCACAUUCUGGAGCUGAGGCAACAGGGACAGGAGGACUAUGCGAAUCGCGGUUGCACUGGUCUAUCUGCAAGGCCAAUUGGAUGUGUGCGGCCUUGUGCUGUGUCGCCAUGAGAGGCUACACUGGUGGCUACUGCUCUAGCUAUACGGAGACAAGCCAAGUCGCGCCUGCUUGGCUAGGUUUUCACUCCUGCAUCUGCACCAAGGUGUGCGAUGGUGGGCCACCACCGGAGCCUUGGGUCCAGCCACCAUCAACACCUGGGGUUCAGCCUCCGCCCAUGCCAACGCCUUUGGUACAGCCUCCACCGAUGCCUACUCCUUGGGUGAAGCCCCCACCGAUGCCGACGCCUUGGGUCCAGCCUCCGCCGAUGCCGCCUUGUUUCAAUCCUCUGCCGAUGCCGACGCCAUGUUUCAAGCCUCCACUGAUGCCAACGCCGUGGGUCCAGCCUCCACCUAUGCUGUCGCCUUGUGUCAAGCCUCCGUCGAUGCCAACGCCUUGGAUCCAGCCUCCACCGAUGCCAACACCUUGUGUCGAGCCUCCGCCGAUACCGACGCCUUGGGUCCAGCCUCCGCCGAUGCCAACGCCUUGUGUCAAGCCUCCACCGAUGCAAACACCUUGGGUCCAGCCUCUGCCGUUACCAAUGCCUUGUGUCAAGCUUCCGCCGAUGCCGACGCCUUGGGUCGAGCCUCCACCGACACCUGGGAUUCAACCUCUGCCAAUGCCGAAGCCUUGGGUCCAUCCUUGGUCGAUGCCGACGCCUUGGGUCAAGCCUCCAGCGGAGAAGCAACCAGUCAACCACCGCUGCCGGGGUGCUCAACUAAUGGAGUAG